AUGAAUAAGCUAUACAUUGGGAAUCUUCCAACGGAAGCUGACGAAGACUCAGUGCGCCAAUUGUUCAUGGAGCACAACCUUACGGUUGCUGAAAUAUCAGUAAAACGCGGAGGCUAUGCCUUUGUUGACUUUCCUGAUCAAUCGGCUGCUGAUCGAGCUAUUGAUAAAUUACAUGGUUAUUCCUACUGCGGUCUUCCUCUGAUCGUGGAACCGUCGGUAUGCUCAUCGAAGAGAAGACGCUACACCCGAUCAAGGAUUCUCAUCAGUGGGCUCCCCCUGCAUGCUCGCUUCGACACCAUCGAGCCCCUGCUCUCACAGUAUGGCAACGUGCAACAUUGCGACAAAGCAAACUCACGCGAUGCCAACACCCAAGCGGUGUACAUCACAUUCGAGACCCCGGAGCAGGCGCAGCAGGCUAUCAAUGGUCUAAACGGGUGCGAAGUGGAGGGCAGUCGUAUGAAGGUGGAGGCGGCGGAUGGGAUGGCGCGAGGCGGCCGGCGUGGGCGGCCGGGUGGCGGCCGCGGCGGCGGCGGCGCACCUGGCACUGGGGCUCGCCCUACGGACUUCCCGUUGCGCUUACUCGUUCAAAGCGACAUGGUUGGCGCUAUCAUCGGCCGCCAGGGCAGCACCAUCCGUCUCAUCACCCAGCAAAGCCGUGCUCGUGUCGAUGUUCACCGUAAAGAUAAUGUCGGCUCACUGGAGAAGGCAAUCACCAUUUACGGCAACCCUGACAAUUGCACAAAUGCGUGUAAAAGAAUACUCGAAGUGAUGCAGCAGGAAGCAAAUAAUACAAACAAAGGAGAAAUAUGUCUCAAGAUCCUGGCACAUAAUAAUCUAAUCGGACGCAUCAUUGGCAAAGGUGGAAAUACCAUUAAAAGAAUUAUGCAAGAAACUGAUACCAAGAUCACUGUAUCUUCUAUAAAUGAUAUUAAUAGCUUCAAUUUGGAGCGAAUCAUUACUGUUAAAGGAACCAUUGAAAACAUGGCUAAAGCAGAGUCACAAAUUUCAGCAAAACUACGCCAGAGUUACGAAAAUGAUCUGCAGGUGCUGGCGCCGCAGAGCAUUAUGUUCCCAGGACUGCAUCCGAUGGCGAUGAUGUCGACCGGCCGCGGAUUUUGUGGUGCACCGCCUCCCUUCCCACCGCCCAUUUAUGCGCCGCUGGCUGGCCAGGGCGGUGCGCAACAGGGUGCAGGCGACUCGCAAGAGACCACUUAUUUGUAUAUCCCUAAUAAUGCGGUGGGCGCUAUCAUUGGUACUAAGGGUUCGCAUAUUCGGAACAUCAUUCGAUUCAGUAAUGCUUCUGUGAAAAUAGCGCCACUCGAACAAGAUAAAGGAGUGGAGGGCGGCACCAGCGCGGGCGCAGGUACUGCAGCUGCACAACAAGAGCGCAAGGUUACCAUCGUAGGCAGCCCCGAGGCACAGUGGAAGGCGCAGUAUCUGAUCUUUGAAAAGAUGCGAGAGGAAGGUUUUAUGUCCGGUUCUGAUGACGUGCGACUGACUGUUGAGAUUGUUGUGGCUUCGUCUCAAGUCGGGCGCAUCAUCGGCAAGGGAGGACAAAAUGUUCGUGAGCUCCAACGUGUCACUGGCUCGUUGAUCAAGCUCCCGGAGCAGCCGCAACCGCCUGCAGCCGCUGCGCACGAUCAUGAGACCACAGUGCACAUUGUUGGACCAUUCUACAGCGUCCAGUCAGCGCAGCGGCGCAUUCGUGCGAUGGUUGCGCAGGCGAGCGCCCCCGGCCGCCACCGCCGUGCCGCGCCGCCGCCGCCGCCCGCGCAGCAGUAG